UUGUAUCUCAAUACUCCUUGCUACAACAACAAAAAAUGGAUAUCCCCUGGUAUUCUCUUCUAAUUCCUCUGCUUGUUUUCAUUUUCUUCCUUCAUCAGUGCUUCUUUACUACCUCAAACGUCCAAAAACAGUUACCACCAUCCCCAAGAAAGCUUCCAAUUAUAGGAAAUUUGCAUCAACUUGGGUCACAUCCUCAUCGUUCUCUCCAUAAACUAUCUGAAAAAUAUGGUCCAGUCAUGCUACUUCACUUAGGCAGUAAGCCAGUCAUUGUUGCUUCCUCUGUCGAUGCUGCUCGUGAUAUCAUGAAAACUCACGAUCUCGUCUGGGCAAGCAGACCUAAAUCCAGCAUCGCUGAUAGACUCUUUUAUCGCUCCAAGGACGUGGCCUUUAGUCCCUUUGGUGAAUAUUGGAGGCAAGUUAGAAGUAUUACUGUGCUUCACCUUCUCAGUAAUAAAAGAGUUCAAUCUUUUCGUGAUGUCAGAGAAGAAGAAACAUCCAACGUAAUUGCAAAAAUCAGGCAAGAGUGUGAUUCUUUGAGUUCAGUGAUAGAUUUGAGCGUUAGUUUAUAUUCUCUGACUAAUAACAUAAUUAGCAGAGUGUCCUUCGGGAGGAAAUAUAAUGAAGGGGAAAGUGGAAUAGAUGGUAAGACCAUCCUAGAAAAACUAGUUGAACUUAUAGGUUCUUUUAACGUCGGGGAUUAUGUUCCAUGGCUUGAAUGGGUCAAUAAAAUCACUGGUUUAGAUAUCAAAGUGGAGAAAGUAGCUAAAGAGUUGGAUGCAUUCUUGGAGAGUGUGAUUGAAGAACACAUUAUCAGGAACAAGAAAAGAGAAUACCGCCCGGGUAAAGCUAAAGACUUUGUGGACGUUUUGCUAGAAAUUCAAAAUGGAAAGGAAACCGGGUUUCCUCUUCAAAGGGAUUCAUUAAAAGCUAUCCUCUUGGAUUCGUUUGCUGCUGGCACGGAUUCAACAUAUACAACUCUAGGUUGGACAAUGACAGAGCUUUUAAGGCAUCCAAAAGCCAUGGAAACAUUACAAAAUGAAGUGAGGGGAUUAGUCCAAGGGAAAGAAGAGAUAAAAGAGGAUGACUUGGGAAAUAUGCAAUAUCUGAGAGCUGUUAUCAAAGAGACCCUCAGGAUUCAUCCACCCAAUGCACUACUACUUCCUCGAGAAUCAAUGGAAGACGUGAAAUUAUUAGGCUAUUAUCACAUACCUGCUAGAACUCAAGCCAUUAUUAAUGCUUGGGCGAUCGGAAGAGACCCGUUAUUGUGGGAAAAUCCAGAGGAAUAUCGACCAGAGAGAUUCUUAAAUAGUGAUAUUGAUGUCAAAGGACUAAACUUUGAGUUCAUUCCCUUCGGAGCUGGCAGAAGGGGCUGCCCAGGAAGUACUUUUGCUAUCGCGGUAAUUGAGCUAGCAUUAGCAAGGCUUGUGCAUGAGUUUAAUUUUGCAUUACCAGAAGGGAUAAAGCCGGAGGAUUUGGAUAUGACUGAAAGCACUGGCAUCACUAUUCACAGGAAAUCACCUUUACUAGUAGUGGCCACUCCAUGCUCUAGUUAGGAGUUUAUUUUUCUCCAUUUCUUACUAUCUAGAUCACUGAUCUUGUUCACCAAUAGUUAUUAUCAAUAAAACAUACUGUACUAGUUCCCACCGUUGCUAGUAAUAAUUUCACCAUAUGUUACAAGUUUAGCGGUUGACUCCCUUUUUGGGUGUUAGUACAUCUGUUUUAUGUUCUUUUAUGCAAUAUUUCUUGUUCUA